AUGACUGAGAGGCCGUUCAAUAAUAACUUCGACCAGAACAGUGGGCACCGUUACCAGCAGCUGCCUUACCAGUGGGCACCGUUACCAGCAGCUGCCUUCCCAGUGGGCACCGUUACCAGCAGCUGCCUUCCCAGUGGGCACCGUUACCAGCAGCUGCCUUACCAGUGGGCACCGUUACCAGCAGCUGCCUUCCCAGUGGGCACCGUUACCAGCAGCUGCCUUACCAGUGGACACCGUUACCAGCAGCUGCCUUACCAGUGGGCACCGUUACCAGCAGCUGCCUUCCCAGUGGGCACCGUUACCAGCAGCUGCCUUACCAGUGGACACCGUUACCAGCAGCUGCCUUACAGUGGGCACCGUUACCAGCAGCUGCCUUACCAGUGGGCACCGUUACCAGCAGCUGCCUUCCCAGUGGGCACCGUUACCAGCAGCUGCCUUACCAGUGGACACCGUUACCAGCAGCUGCCUUCCCAGUGGGCACCGUUACCAGCAGCUGCCUUACCAGUGGACACCGUUACAAGCAGCUGCCUUCCCAGUGGGCACCGUUACCAGCAGCUGCCUUACCAGUGGGCACCGUUACCAGCAGCUGCCUUCCCAGUGGGCACCGUUACCAGCAGCUGCCUUCCCAGUGGGCACCGUUACCAGCAGCUGCCUUACCAGUGGACACCGUUACCAGCAGCUGCCUUCCCAGUGGGCACCGUUACCAGCAGCUGCCUUCCCAGUGGGCACCGUGACCAGCAGCUGCCUUACCAGUGGACACCGUUACCAGCAGCUGCCUUCCCAGUGGGCACCGUUACCAGCAGCUGCCUUCCCAGUGGGCACCGUGACCAGCAGCUGCCUUACCAGUGGACACCGUUACCAGCAGCUGCCUUCCCAGUGGGCACCGUUACCAGCAGCUGCCUUACCAGUGGACACCGUUACCAGCAGCUGCCUUCCCAGUGGGCACCGUUACCAGCAGCUGCCUUCCCAGUGGGCACCAUUACCAGCAGCUGCCUUACCAGUGGGCACCGUUACCAGCAGCUGCCUUCCCAGUGGGCACCGUUACCAGCAGCUGCCUUCCCAGUGGGCACCGUUACCAGCAGCUGCCUUACCAGUGGACACCGUUACCAGCAGCUGCCUUCCCAGUGGGCACCGUUACCAGCAGCUGCCUUACCAGUGGGCACCGUUACCAGCAGCUGCCUUACCAGUGGACACCGUUACCAGCAGCUGCCUUACCAGUGGACACCGUUACCAGCAGCUGCCUUCCCAGUGGACACCGUUACCAGCAGCUGCCUUACCAGUGGGCACCGUUACCAGCAGCUGCCUUCCCAGUGGGCACCGUUACCAGCAGCUGCCUUCCCAGUGGGCACCAUUACCAGCAGCUGCCUUACCAGUGGGCACCGUUACCAGCAGCUGCCUUCCCAGUGGGCACCGUUACCAGCAGCUGCCUUACCAGUGGGCACCGUUACCAGCAGCUGCCUUACCAGUGGACACCGUUACCAGCAGCUGCCUUACCAGUGGGCACCGUUACCAGCAGCUGCCUUACCAGUGGACACCGUUACCAGCAGCUGCCUUACCAGUGGGCACCGUUACCAGCAAUUGCCUUACCAGUGGGCACCGUUACCAGCAGCUGCCUUACCAGUGGACACCGUUACCAGCAGCUGCCUUCCUAGUGGACACCGUUACCAGCAGCUGCCUUCCCAGUGGGCACCGUUACCAGCAGCUGCCUUCCCAGUGGGCACCGUUACCAGCAGCUGCCUUACCAGUGGACACCGUUACCAGCAGCUGCCUUCCCAGUGGGCACCGUUACCAGCAGCUGCCUUACCAGUGGGCACCGUUACCAGCAGCUGCCUUACCAGUGGACACCGUUACCAGCAGCUGCCUUACCAGUGGGCACCGUGA